AUGCUUGCUUCCAAUAGUUUAAGACAUCUCCAAGUUAAAGUUCUCUCAUUUGUAAGACAAAAUCCAAAGACAACAUUCACUCUGGUUGCUGGUGGAGCCACUUGUGAUUACCUAUUCUUAAAACGUUACUUUCAACAAAACACAGGUUCCAAGAUAUAG